GUCUGGUACAUAUAAACUUUGAAAUUUGCAAAACCUGUCAUUUUUAGUCUAUCUUCGAAAGGCAAAGAUGUUUAGCACUUUAAUAAGAAUGCAGUCCGUGAUUCUUUGCCUGACUUGCUUCACGACUGUUGUCUAUGGAUACCCGGAUGGAGCACGUGUGGGCGCUUGUGAGACAAUGACUCCCGGCCACGGAGCGGCCGUGCAAACCGGGCCCUCGCCAUACCGAAUGACUUUGAAUAAUGAACGUUACUCACCUGGAAAUCGCAUCGCAAUCACUGUGUCUGGCGGGACUUUCAGAGGAUUGCUAGUUCAGGCCCGUCCGGCAAACUGCUCGACCGUUACGUUUCCUACAUUUUCUCUGAUGGCCAAUGAAUCAAACUUCCAGACUCUGGACUGUAAUAGUGUAGCAAAUAGUGCUGUAACACAUACCAACAGGAAUGACAAAACCCAGGCAGAGUUUUACUGGACUCCUGCAGCGAGUCUAGGCCAUGUGUACUUUCGCGCUACAGUAGUGCAAAACUUCAACACAUACUGGGUUGGGAUUCAGUCUAGUGUUUUGAGUGACACUAACUCUGCAGACCCUGUCCCAGAUUCUGUGUGCGACAUGCAACCAAAUGGAGGGGCGGAUCUGAAGUCAGCUUUAUAUAUAAUGGUUACCAUGCUGGUGGCGCUUUUUCUGACAGUAUAAUGUUUCCAUUUCCUUUAUGGCAGUUUAUAACUCGAUUGUAGAAAAGAUGUCAUUUCUUGAUGCUUUAUCUUUUAAACUGUACAUCCGUAAAGCAAUGUUUAUAAUUUAAACGUUUUUUGAAAAAAAGGGUCCUUUAAGAUGUCCAGGGGCUCUGACACCUGUGAUUUAUAGAAAAUGAUUUUAUCAAUGUUUAGUUCCAAAUAUUUUUAUAUUCACUUUCAGAUACAUGUAUUUAUAAAAGUAUAAAAUUAAAAACGAUUUUUAAACAAUUUUUGUCCAACAAGAAGAUAAAUCGAUCUUGAUCAUAGCUGAACAAUGUACAUGACUAUUGUAUAUAUACUGUAUUGAGUAUUUCUUUUGUUCAAACUUUGUUCGUACAGACCCUGAGACGUGCUACUACCCCAAAAAAGCGUGUGACUUUCGUGCGCUUACCGUUUCGUGCAAACCGUGUAGCGUUUCGUGUAAACCGUGCAGCGUUUCGUGCAAACCGUGUAGCGUUUCGUGUAAACCGUGCAGCGUUUCGUGCAAACCGUGUAGCGUUCGUGUACCGUUCGUGCAGCGAGCGUGUGGGGUAGUAGCACGUCUCAGGGUCUGUAUUAAAGUUACAGUGUACGAGAGAGAGAGAGAGAGAGAGAGAGAGAGAGAGAGAACAUUGAAUGAAGUACAUAUAUCAGAGUUUAUGUAAUGUACAUGUACGUUUUUUUUGUUUUAAAAAGUAGUCUUUGGGGCUAUGAUGUACAUGGGACCAUCAAAGCUUUACAUAAAAAUAAAUGACUUUUAUGUC